CCAACAUUCGACUCUGUCGCUGUGUCGCUGGUGGACUGUGCACCAUUCCCGAGGCCACGUCACAAGAGACCGCUGAUAUCGAUGUCGCAUUUCUCGUCAUGACCUGCGAAUGCCCCGAUGGGCGGACGGGCGAAUUUUGUGAAGUAGAACUGGAUUAUUGUGCUGGUGAACUGACCCCACCCUGUCACCCCUUGGUCUCGUGUUUCAACCAUCCAACAAACUUCACCUGUGGGGCCUGCCCCUCGGGUUACGAGGGAGAUGGAAGCAUUUGUCUUGAUGUUGAUGAAUGCGGAACUAAUACUGAUGGCUGUGAUCAAACUUGUGGAAACACUGUCGGAUCUUAUUUUUGCGAGUGUGGAUCUGGAUACAGCUUAAAUCAGGAUAAAAGGAGUUGUAAUGACAUCAACGAGUGUUCUCAGCCGAAUGACUGUAGUCAGCUGUGCGGCAACACCCUCGGCUCAUACAAUUGCUCUUGCAGGAUUGGUUUUAAGAUUGAUCCAGAUAACCCUACGGAAUGCGAAGCCCAAACAGAAUGUUCGUCUGGUCAUGGUUGCAAUCAGAUCUGCUACAUUGAUGUUCUUCAACCAGGGGUUCCAAAAUGUGCCUGUCGAGCAGGAUAUGUCCUUGGAGACGAUAAAAAAACUUGCAAUGAUAUUAAUGAAUGUGCAACGACAGAAACUAAUCUUUGCGAUCAACUUUGUGUUAACACUGAAGGCAGUUAUAAUUGUUCUUGCAUAUCUGGGUAUACGAAAGCUGGUCAAUCGUGUAGAGUUCGAGAAGAGGAUACAAAAGAAGACAUUGCCCUGGAACCGCCAAACGCAUCAACGGACCAGACAGAUAACGCCAUUGAAAUAACUGUGGCGAACCUUCGGCGAGAAGAUUACACUGUGGAUGUAAACACACUCUUCAAGGAUUCCGUUGUCACAUUAGUGAACGAUUUUUGUAAUGAAAACCGUCUCAGACCUCAGGAUUGCGGAGUGGAACAGAACAAGGUAUUUUUCAGCAGUCUCAACGUGGAACGACAACAAGGAUAUCCAAAGAAUGUUGGAGAAUAUAACACAACCAUCAAGUUCUACAUUGACUACCCAACUACGAUAAAAUCUGGUUCCCUGCCGAAGGCGAUACUGGCCUCGAUUGUUUUCUCGGAAUUGGCGAAAUUUGAAAAGCUUUUUAAUUAUAGCAUUAACCUGGACACUCCAGUCACCCCAGACGCACCACGUGACCCAAGUGACGAACAGAGAAAUAAUGCUGUGACUUUGGAAAUACACGAUUUCACCACAGUCAAGUGGACAACCUUCUAUGAUACUGUUUUCCGCCGAUCUGUUGCCAUCAUUCUGAGCAGAUACUGUAAAGAUGAUUCUUAUUCUCGUGAACAGGAUUGUAAAUUUACUGGGUCAGACGAAAGCUUCGAAUCUGCUCACGUCGGUCGAAUUUCUGGUUUCCCUCAAGAUAAUGGUGGAAAAGUACUUGUUUCAUUUUACGUCACCAACCCAAGUAAAUCCGCCCCAGUUCCGAAGCGAACCCUUGCAUCCAUGUUGGUUACGCAAGGCGGAGAACUCGAGAACGCUCUCAGCCAGAAAAUACAGCUCACGACAACAGCUUUCCCGGAAGAUCCACCACCAGCUUCUGAUGCUCAAAGGGAUAACAGCGUCGUCAUUCGAAUAUCUUCAAUUUCCAGAGCUCAGUGGACCUAUCUGAUCGAUCGGCGUUUGAGAAGGUCAAUUGCAAAACGCAUUGCCGUUUACUGUGGGAAAACUCCGCAAGAUUGCGAAAUAAGAGGCGGAAGUAGCGAUGCGGCCUUCACUGAAACUGAUGUCCAGCGAACCUCGUCAUCUCGCGGCAAAAAACAUGGCGGACUUCACCUUUUGCGCAGUGCGCAGUGUUCCUCUGUGCUCAUACCGUGUACUUGGUCGAGAUGAUUUGCUAACCUUGCUAAAUUUAUACU